UUCGUUGGCUCCGCUAGCCGGCGGUCUGGUCGAAAGGGGGCGGGUUCAGCGCCGCCGAUCCUCGCGCCGCUCCGCCGCGCCUCCGCGCCGCGCUCUCGCUGCCUCCGCGAGUGCACCGGGCCCCUGCGCCCCGCACCCCCGUGCAAGCGGUUCCAGUGACUAGGUUAGGUCGGGACACUGCCGGCGACCUGCACUACUUUAGUGACUCCGAGCCGCUGCCGCGCCGAUCCCACCAGACGAGUUUUUUUCCUUUUCGGAGCGGAAGGACACCAGACUGCCGUUGCGGUGCAGGAGUGUAAGGAUUUGGAGCCGCGCUCUCUGAACCAGAUCAGAACAUUGGGGCCCAUUUCGCGCGCGGCGCUUUAGACAACACCACCACCACCACCGGCCCUGCUGUCGAAGAAGACACCCUGUUCGACGACGACCGCCGGGGCGCAGCGGCCGUGCUGCUAUGCCGACGCGCCGGCGUAGGAAAGGCUUGGCGAGGUAGCAGCCGCUCCAGGCGCACGCCCGCGACAUGAAGCUCGGGCGAGGCGCGGCGUGGUGGGCUUGGGUCGUCGUCGUCAGUCUGGUCACGCGCGUGACGGCCCUGCCCUCCACGUCCACCGGCCCGCCCGCGCCGCCCGCGCCGCCAGCGUCCACGGGCGCGCCCGCGCCACCACCGUCCACGGGCGCGCCCGCGUCCUCCAGCAGCUCGACGGCCACGGCGCCGCGCGGGGAAUGCCUGCCCGCCGACUGGCUCGGCACCGCCACGCCGCCGUCCGCCACGCCGGAGGCGGCGGUGGCGGCGUCCCUCGCCCUCGAGGCGUCAGCGGGGUCGACCGAGGCCUCCGAGGGACCGCCGCCCCCGGAAGCGACGCCGUCCACGCCGCCGACGCCGCCCCCACCAGGACCCAGGCCCCGGCCGGAACUCUGCCAAUGCUCGUCGGACCGCAAGGAGCUCGUGUGCAAGGGGGCGGCCUUCACCUUGGUGCCGUCGAACCUGCCCGCCGGCCUCAGCAAGCUUGACUUCAGCAGCAAUAACAUCACAGAGCUGAACGAGUCGUCUCUCAGCGGCCUACCCGUUCUUGAAGAACUCCUUCUCGGGGACAACCACCAACUGCGGAUCCAGCCGCUCGCCUUCCAACACAGCCCCCAUCUCAAGAAGUUGUCGCUGCAGAGCUGCGGACUGCGCCAGCUGCCCGAGUCGUUGCUCAGGCCCCUCCGGAAACUCACCACUCUGCAGCUGGACCAGAACGAGAUCGCCGAGCUGCCGGACGGGCUGUUCGAGAGCCAGGGCGCGCUGCGCAACCUCCGCCUCGAGUCCAACCAGCUGGGCGUGGUGCCCACCCGCGCGCUGCAGCCGCUGCGAAGCCUGGAGGCGCUGAACCUCGGGACCAAUCAGCUCGACGCCAUCCGGGCGGGGGACUUCCCUCAGAUGGACUCGCUUGUCAUCCUCCGUCCAAACAACCUUGUUUUCCCUCGCGGCCCGACAACCAACCCGUCUCUGUUUGUGUCACUCGUCUCCUCCUCCGGGACCUUUAGCCCCUUGUGUUGUUGCAGGAUCCUGUCGGACGCCCGGGACCUCACCGAGUUCCCGUCUCUCAACGGCACCGCCGCCCUGGAGAUCCUGCGCCUGGACAGGGCCUCCCUGCGGGACGUGCCCGCCUCGCUGUGCGUCACCUGCCCCAAGCUCAAGAGCCUGGACAUGAAGUCCAACAAGCUGACCCGGGUACCGGAGCUGACGGCGUGCAAGGAGCUGCGAGUCCUCGACCUGGCGAGCAACGGCAUCUCCUCGCUCGAGGGGCGCCCCUUCGCCGGGCUGCGCCAGCUGCACGACCUGCUGCUCUCGCACAACGCCAUCGAGAGUCUGCCCGAGGACGCGCUGGACGGGCUCACCAAGCUGCAAGUGCUUGACCUGGAGGCCAACGGCAUCAACUACAUCCACCCCGAGGCGUUCCUGGCGGCCAGCUCGCUGGAGGACCUCAACCUGGGCAACAACCUGUUCCCGGGGCUGCCGCCGGCCGGCCUGGAGCGCCUGCUGCACCUCAAAACGUUCAACAACCCCAACCUGCGCGAAUUCCCGGCGCCGGCGCACUUCCCGCGCGUGCAGAGCCUCGUGCUGUCGUACGCCUACCACUGCUGCCCCUUCCUGCCGCUCAUCCCCGCCGAGGCGCCGCCGCGGGCGCCGCUGCACGAGGCCGUGCUCUUCCCCACCGACAACGAGUUCGACAUGAGCCUCUGGAACUCGUCGCUCACCGACAUCUGGCCCCAGCUCCUCCACACGGGCAGCCUCCCUCCCAGGAGCAGACGCCGUCAUGGUCAUUCGCCCAUACCCCCACGACCCCCGGCUGGGUUGGCCUUACCUUUCGGUGGAAUAAUGUGGUAUUGCGUGUUUUCUAUGCUUGACUCUCCCACACUCCCGGUUGUUGCAGGACCCUUCUUGCCGUGCCAGGACCUGUUCGACUGGUGGACGCUGCGGUGCGGCGUCUGGGUGGUGUUCCUGCUGGCCAUGCUGGGCAACGGCACGGUCGUCUUCGUGCUGGUCUUCUCCCGGUCCAAGAUUGACGUGCCGCGCUUCCUCGUCUGCAACCUGGCCGCCGCCGAUUUCUUCAUGGGCGUCUACCUGGGCUUCCUGGCCGUCGUCGACGCGUCCACGCUGGGCGAGUUCCGCAUGUACGCCAUCCCCUGGCAGAUGUCGGUGGGCUGCCAGCUGGCCGGGUUCCUGGGCGUCCUCAGCGCCGAGCUGUCCGUGUACACGCUGGCCGUCAUCACCCUCGAACGCAACUACGCCAUCACGCACGCCAUGCACCUCAACAAGAGACUGUCGCUCCGGCACGCGUCCUACAUCAUGGCGUGCGGGUGGGCCUUCGCCCUGGUCAUGGCCGUGCUGCCGCUGUUCGGCGUCUCCGACUACCGCAAGUUCGCCAUCUGCCUACCGUUCGAGACGACCACCGGCCCCGUCAGUCUGGCCUACGUCGUCUUCCUCAUGCUCAUCAACGGCGUCGCCUUCCUCAUCCUCAUGGGCUGCUACCUCAAGAUGUACUGCGCCAUCCGGGGAUCUCAGGCGUGGAACUCCAACGACUCCCGCAUCGCCAAGCGCAUGGCCCUGCUCGUCUUCACGGACUUUCUCUGCUGGUCGCCGAUCGCCUUCUUCUCGCUGACGGCGGCCUUCGGCCUCCAGCUCGUGUCGCUGGAGCAGGCCAAGGUGUUCACCGUGUUCGUGCUGCCGCUCAACUCCUGCUGCAACCCGUUCCUGUACGCCAUCCUCACCAAGCAGUUCAAGAAGGACUGCGUGCUCAUCUGCAAGGCCAUCGAGGAGUCGCGGGUGACCCGCGGCAUCGGGCGGUGCCGGCACUCGUCCAACUUCAGCAACCGCCAGACCCCGGCCAACACCAACAGCCUGGUGGACCGGUCCUCCCGGGAGCACCCGGGCCACCCAGGGCACACCGCCCACACGCACUCGCACACCAAGCCGUGUCACUGCUCGGCCAAGCUGCUGAGCGACAGCACGGGGUCCGGGUCUCGCGCCGAAGGGCGCGACGGGAGCACGCCGACAGGGCGGGGCGGCCGCCCUGGCGCCGUCGACGCGGACGGGGUGGCGAACCCGCGAGUCUGGCUGCUGGGCAAGCUGCAGUGCCUGCUGCUGUGCGCGCGCCGCGACACCGAACACCGGCCGCGCUCCGACCAGUACGCGUACCAGAUCGCAGAGAUCCAGCAGAAGCAGCACAAGCGCGCCUCAUCCGUGUCGUCCUCCGAGAACUUCUCCUCGUCGAGGUCCGACUCGUGGAGGCAGCACCAGCACCACUGUGGCAUCCCCAUGCGCCUGCUGGACCCCAAGCGGAGGGCCUCGUCGUGGCUCGUCACCAGGAAGACCUCGCAGGACUCCAACCUGUCCAGCUCGAGGAACGACUCGUCGGGUUCAGCCACGACGGCGAGUACAAGUACCUGGAGGAUGUCCCGCUCCAGCGCGUCAAGUGACGUCCGGGGGCCGCUGGGGGCGCUGGGCGCCAUCGGCCCCCUGGGAGUGGGGGCAUCCGCGUCGGGGAUCGGGUCGGUGGCGGGGGCGGGCGCCUCGGCCGCGUGCAGUGUGGCGGCGCACGCGGGGGGCGUUGGGACGGCGGCGGCGACGGCGGCGGCGCCCGUUGGAGACACCAGGCCGAUGAGGCCCAAGCCCCGCCUCACCCGCCAGUCCGCCAUCCACGACGACCUGGUCCUGGAGCCGCCGGGGUCGCCGGGCCGGCUCACCGUCAGGUUCCUCACCACCAUCCCGUCCGCAGCCGAGACCUCCGUGCAGCAGGACGACGAGCAGAUGGCGCUGACCGGCGGCCUCGGCGGGUCCGAGGCCGGCGCCAGCGCGGCUGAAGUCACGGCCGACGCGCACGACGGCGACGGCGGAGGCCUCCUAGAGAUGGACUCCCCGCUGCUGGUAGACAACGCCAGCGCGGCGGGCGCGCGACUCGGCCGCAGGACCUCUGCCGUGGUGGUGGCCAGCAUGUCGUCGCCCGCCGCCGUGCUCGCCCUCAGGAGGAACUCUCAGCCCGCCCCCUCUAGUGGCCGAUUUGGCAAGUCGUAGUGCCCUGCGACUGGACCAGUGUUGUGUGUGUGUGCGUGUGUGAGUGGUUGUGAGAGUGGGUACUUCCGGGCACGGAGGUCAAGUGUUUGGUAAGAGUGAAGGAACCCUGGAGAAGUGACACUCCUAAUCGGGUUACGGGGUGAUUUUGUUGCAGGCCUCAAUCGAGAUCAACAGCAAUUUUACGAUUCUACUGGUCGGUUUAAGUAGUUUUAAUAAUUUUGUUCCAUUCUACUUGAGUGUAGGACCAACGUGGGCACAGCAGUCUCUAAGUGACGUCCUGACGUCCUGGUGGUGAUCGAGCCACCCACCUGCUUGCCGUAUCCACGUGGGUCCUAGAAGCGACGUACAACUUUCCAUGACAGUAUUAUUGUGAUGAUAAUGUUUACCAGCAAGCUUAUAAGUUAUUUUAAUCCGUCAAUGACACUGCCCGGCCAUGAAAAGCCGUCCGAUCAAAGACCUUAUUUCUCGUUGUGUUGUUGAACCAGCUCCCUUCUCUCUUUGCUGACUCGUCAACACAAUUAAUUAAGAAAUUGACAAUAAAAAAGACUAUGUUGGUCUAGCAGCGUCUAGUGCUUUCAACUUAGUCAAAGCUAUAGUGAAAUGUAUUUUGUAUGAAUCUUUGUUACCUGUGGGUAUUUCUGUUAACUUAUAUGAUUAACUCUGCCAAGUAAUGUACCUUAUUGUGUCUGCAGAAUAUUGGCAAAGUUGGACAUGUUUAAUUUCACAUUGGUUGCCUCUGGUGUAAGUCAGCGACGACAGUGACUAACUCCCACCCCACGAUUGUCUUUACAAAAUUCCAUUUGCGAGGUGGGGUUGUGGAGGGGGGGGGGGAGGUGUCACUUUGAUCGAAUAACUAGGAAGCUCAAUCUUAAAUCGAUAAUGCCAUAACUUAUAUUUUCUUAUGCAGUGCCAUAAAAGCUUUAGCAAAUUAACAGUACCAGAGCGCCAAUGUGUCGGGUGAACUUGGCUGACUUUGCAUCACCUAGUUCCUAACAAAUAUAGUUCUUCCUGUGAUGGACGGACAUGUGAAAAAAUGCACUGCCUUGCGAAAUGAAGUGAAAGUAUA